AUGGACGACUGGGACUCCGUCACCAAGAUUGGAAGCAAAUCCCGCGGCGGCGCCACAUCUCGCGAGACGGUCGUGCGUGGGAAAUCAGCACUCAACGCCGCCCAGCGCAGCGGAGCCGUAAUCGGCACUGAGAAGAAAUUCGGCGCUGGAAACUCCGCAUCCAAACCCGGCGUCGAAGGCCAACAUCUCACAAAGGUCGACCGAAGCGAUGACAUCGUGAAGCCCAACACCGUAGGCAAGGAGGUCGGCUCGGUGAUCUCAGACCAGAGACAGAAGAUGGAGCCAAAGAUGACACAGAAGGAUUUGGCGACUAAGUGCAACACAACACAGAGUAUCGUGGCGGAUUUCGAGAGAGGAACGGCGACGCCUGAUCAGAAGAUUUUGGGGGCGAUGGAGAGAGUUUUGGGUAUUAAGCUGAGGGGAAGUGAUAUUGGGGCUCCGCGAUUUGGUCCUAAGAAGAAGUAG